GAGGCCCUCACAGCUUCAGAUCGCGUCGAGGGUAGGGCGGUCGUUGUUUCGUCAGGUUGCUUUGCCUCAAGCAUCCUCGUACUCAGGUGCGGCGGCAGGCGCAGGUGCCACCUCCGACUUCAAUAUUCACAGCUGCUGUCCUAUCAUUCACAAGCGUCUCGCGUCAUGUUUUCGCUAUUUUCUCUUUCCAGGGCGAUCAGGGUCGGCAUACCUUCACCGCCACCGUCACGCCGUACUUGCAUCUCCAUCGCCAACCGCACGUACUCAGUCGUCACAGCCCCGCCGCGCAAGGAGCAUUUCGACGUCCCGUGCCGCUCAAAUGGCUCUAUCAGAGUUGACGUCUAUCACGCGCUUGACGCAGCCUCGCCUGUGCUGAUCUAUCUUCCACCUGGGCCUGUAGUACCUCACAACCCUGAGGCAGACGAAGGUAUCAUCGCCGCUUUGCGUGCAUCGAGUGCAGCCACCGUCGUCCGCAUCAACUACCGUGCGUCUUCGCAGCACCAGUUUCCAACACCAUAUCAUGACGUUCUUUACGGCUUUGACUGGAUCCAGGAUAACCUGCUCCUCGACGCGUCUCAGAAGCCAUAUGCAGCGCGUCUGGGCAUUUGCGGAGAGCUGAUGGGCGGCUCUAUCGCCACGAUGCUGGCUCUGACAGAGUGUCGAGUGGGUGAGAGUCGCAUCGUGGCCGCCGCGGUGAACAAUCCAGUUGCAGACUGGGUAUUCCCAGAUGAUCUGCCCCAUGUCAGCGCACCAGAGCUCCCAGAACCAGCAUCGUCAGAGGAGACGUCGUUUUCUGCAGAAGAGGACAUGAUGGCCUCGUUCAAAGCGCUCAAGGUAGGCGCGCUGCCCAAGACCAAGGCAGGGCGAAAGAGGAAACCAAAGGCUGUUCCGCUCACCUCCUGGCAAGCAUGGGCAGACAGCUCGACCAUCCCCACGUUGCCUCUGGCUGAGAUGCGCAGCCUACUCUUUCGGCGACAAGAAGACAUGUUUGACCGUUUUGCCUCACCGAUACACUUCUUUCGCUCACCGCACGCACAGCUGCUUAUGCCACAACAGCCCGUAGACUCGGCUUUGGACCGGCCUGACUACGCUGUAGACAUUGAAACGCAGAUGAGUUUGAGUCAUUUCGAGUCUUUCAUCGGCGGCGGCAAAGCAGUGGAGCUGGGAACCCCGGAAUUGACAAGGUGUCGCUCGUACGCACGCGUCUACCCGCAAGCAGGUGCUGCAAAGGUCAGCUUGCCGUCCUGGAACAUCACCACCGGAGAGCAGAGCCCACUCCACGACCAAGCAGCAGAACUGUCCAAGGUUCUGAGACGUAGCAUCGCGAGACACACCAUGAAGUCUCAGACUGGCCGCACACGCGCACACGAGCCUCUCGAGAAGCAGUACUAUGCAGAGUAUGCAGAGUCGAGAGUUCUGUUUGAUUCCCACGCAGAAUCAGGCCUGUGGAGUCGGCAGUUGUCUGAGGCAGGAGGUCCGUCACAGGUAGCGGAUAUUGGAAGCUGGAUGAAGCAGUGUCUGGCUCCAGAGUUCUCAUGAUGCAACGACUAUCCAAGCGACCACUCCAGAUUUGGUCACACGGAGACGACAAAGCGGCGUUUGCAGGAAUUACACAGCGGAUCGGACCGCUGUAUCUCAGUGCACCCUACACCCCAAAGCCAUUCGGCCUUUCAGGUUUGGUCACAAUGGCUUCGGUCGUGUUCCUGACGGUGGUUGGCCUGGUCGAUUCUCCUGAAACAUCGAGUCUGCCAAACCUGGUCCAAGGUGCGAGACAUCGCUGGAACGGCAGCUUCGUCACUGUUUGCUUUGAGCAGAGACAGCACACUUGCUCUCCUGGUGCUCACUGCACGCUUAUAAAUGGGGGCCAAAUCCUGGCAGCCUGCUCUGCCACCCACAUAAGCUCCAAAGCCCGAUAUACACUCCUCAUGAUCACAAUGGCUGG